AUGUCUGGUUAUUCCCGGCAUAUCACAACGGUACUAGAAGAUUUAUCAGUCGAGUUAAUAUGGGAAAUAUUCGACCACAUGUGGUAUCAUGAAAUCUACACAGCAUUCCAAGGUUUAAAUUCACAUGUCGACAGUAUUAUUCAAGGAAUGAAACAUCGUAUUGAUGGAGCAAAAAUGCAGAAAUACACAGACCAUGUCUUGCCCAUCUCGAUUAAUGUUGAUAAUGUCGUUUUUAUAAAAUUAGGAUGGGAAAUAGGCGAAUUUUUGUUAAAAUAUCCACUGGAAAUAUUUUCAAAAUCGCUUCGGUCGUUAAAGCUGGACAAUUUCAAAAAACAGUAUAUAUCUGAAACAAUUGAUAAACUGGCUUGUUUAAAACGUUUAACUCGUUUAACAAUUCGUUUCUCUCGGGUUUAUUCUUACGAACCUGAUGUUAACGAACUAAGACAUGUUUUUGACGUUGUAUUUAGAGAAGCGACUUCCUUAAAGCAUCUGAAUUUAUUCCACACUCAUAGUGGUGAAGAAGCAUUACUUAUAGAUCUACACACAAUAACAACAAAUUUACAAACUAUAGCAAUUUAUACUUUACGUUUAAAUGAUUUUAUUCGUUUACUAUCGUACGUUCCGAAUGUUAAACUAAUGGAAAUGUCUGUCUCGAUAAAUCAUGGCGGUAUUACCAUACUGCCUUCGGAACAAAUACCGACAAUGGGGAGCUUGUGUCAGUUAAGUUUAUUUAUUUGGAGAGGACUAGAACUUCAGCCACAUAUUCAAUCGUUACUACAAAAGAUGCCAAACAUGAAACAACUGACAAUUCAAGGUUAUGGAGAUUGGUCACAUGUUGAUGGUGAACGUUGGGAAAAUAUAUUAAAAACAUUUUGCAAACGUAUAAAAAAAUUCAGUUUACAUAUUACCAUUAAUGUUUCUAAAAGCUCAAGAUGCGUCACUGAUAUUGAAUCGAAAUGGCGUACAGCCUUUUGGCUCGAAAUAAAUACUGCAGUCAAACGAAGUUAUCCAUAUACGUUUGAUUUGCUUUUUUCCGUAGAAACAAACAUCACUGUAGUUCAAUAA